AGAGGGGGAUGGAAAAGGCAGAGCCUUAAAAACAUACCAUGCUGCUGAAAUUUCAGCAAGAGGGGAAAAGAGAGAGCGCGUGAGAGGAGAGAGAGAGAGAGAGAGACAGCAGAGCAGUCCCAGGCUUCCUCCUCUCGUUCACGUCAGAGGCAGGAACCGACUGUGCUAAGGCUGUUGGCUCAACAUGCAGAGACGGAGACAGGGGCAGACGGCGCGAGAGUGAGAGGAGAGGGGGUGCUUCCUGACCCAGGGAAUUGCCACGAGUGGAGCAAAGCCACCUGACUUUUUGAUCUCUUCGUUUGCCUCUGCUGUCUCCUUGCACUCGUAGCCCUGCUAGCUUGGGUUUCGUUUCUCCCGUGAAGCCUCCUCUCUUCCUCUCAGAAGAGGAAGGAGAGGAGAAGAGAAGGGAGAGAGGUGGGCUCUCUAGGUGAGCGCAUCAGCUGCUUCCAGCCCCAGCAGACAAGAAUCCUCUUCCCAGGAAGCUCCUCUCGCUCCCCGGCCGCCCACCCCCAGCCCCGGUGGCCUGGUCAUCUUAACCAGAGUGGACGCAUCUGCUUGGGAGUUAGGGCCCCAGCACGCGCAGUAAAGACCCAGCGUUGAAGACCUCAGCACACAAGAUUCUUGCAACUCCAUGCUGUGUGCUGCAGGCUGGCCUUGAACUUGGAGCUCUGGAAGAUGGGGGUGGAGGGGGAAACAGUGGCCCUGAAGAACAUGCUCAUUGGCGUCAACCUGGUCCUGCUGGGCGCCAUGCUCAAGCCCUCGGAAUGUCAGCUGGAGGUCACCACGGAGAGAGUCCAGCGACGGGCAGUGGAGGGGGAAGGAGGUGUCGCCAGCUACAACACGUCCAGCAAGGAUCAGCCUGUGCUCUUCAACCACGUGUACAACAUUAACGUGCCCCUGGACAGCCUCUGCUCCUCCUCCGGGCUGGAGGCCUCCGCCGAACAGGAAGUGAGUGCUGAAGACGAGACUCUGGCCGAGUACACGGGGCAGACCUCAGACCGCGAGAGCCAGGUCACCUUCACCCACAGGAUCCACCUCCCCAAAAAGGCCUGCCCGUGCGCGGGCUCGGCACAGGUGCUGCAGGAGCUGCUGAGCAGGAUUGAGAUGCUGGAGAGGGAGGUGUCGGUGCUGCGGGACCAGUGCAGCACCAACUGCUGCCCGGAAAGCGCGGCCACAGGACAACUGGACUCUACCCCUCACUGCAGUGGCCAUGGCAACCUUAGCCUCGAGUCCUGCGGCUGCAUCUGCAAUGAAGGCUGGUUUGGCAAGAACUGCUCAGAGCCCUACUGCCCGCUGGGCUGCUCCAGCCGGGGCGUGUGUGUGGAUGGCCAGUGCAUCUGUGACUCUGAGUACAGCGGGGACGACUGCUCCGAGCUCCGGUGCCCGACAGACUGCAGCUCCCGGGGGCUGUGUGUGGACGGGGACUGUGUCUGUGAAGAGCCCUACACGGGCGUGGACUGCAGGGAGCUGAGGUGCCCCGGGGACUGUUCGGGGAAGGGGACAUGCGCCAACGGCACCUGUGUAUGCCAGGAGGGCUAUGUUGGCGAGGACUGCGGCCAGCGGCGGUGUCUGAACGCCUGCAGUGGCCGCGGACACUGCCAGGAGGGGCUCUGCAUCUGUGAGGAAGGCUACGAGGGCCCUGACUGCUCGGCAGUUGCCCCUCCAGAGGACUUGCGAGUGGCUGGUAUCAGCGACAGGUCCCUUGAGCUGGAAUGGGACGGGCCGAUGGCAGUGACGGAAUAUGUGAUCUCUUACCAGCCGGCGGCCCUGGGGGGCCUCCAGCUCCAGCAGCGGGUGCCUGGAGAUUGGAGCGGUGUCACCAUCACGGAGCUGGAGCCAGGUCUCACCUACAACAUCAGCGUCUACGCUGUCAUUAGCAACAUCCUCAGCCUUCCCAUCACUGCCAAGGUGGCCACUCAUCUCUCCACUCCUCAAGGGCUACAAUUCAAGACCAUCACAGAGACAACCGUGGAGGUGCAGUGGGAGCCCUUCUCAUUCUCUUUCGAUGGGUGGGAGAUCAGCUUCAUUCCAAAGAACAAUGAAGGAGGAGUGAUUGCUCAGCUCCCCAGUGAUGUUACCUCCUUUAACCAGACAGGACUGAAACCUGGGGAAGAAUACAUUGUCAAUGUGGUGGCUCUGAAGGAACAAGCCCGGAGCCCCCCGACUUCAGCCAGCGUCUCCACGGUCAUUGAUGGGCCCACGCAGAUCCUGGUUCGAGACGUCUCUGACACUGUGGCCUUUGUGGAGUGGACCCCACCCCGAGCCAGAGUCGAUUUCAUUCUCCUGAAAUACGGAUUGGUGGGUGGGGAAGGCGGGAAGACCACCUUCCGGCUACAGCCUCCCCUGAGCCAAUAUUCGGUGCAGGCCCUGCGGCCCGGCUCCCAGUAUGAGGUGUCGGUCAGUGCAGUCCGAGGGACCAACGAAAGUGAUGCCACAACCACCCGGUUUACAACAGAGAUUGAUGCUCCCAAGAACUUGCGGGUUGGCGCCCGCACAGCAACCAGCCUCGACCUGGAGUGGGACAACAGCGAGGCCGAGGUUCAGGAGUACAAGGUGGUGUACAGCACCCUGGCCGGUGAGCAGUACCAUGAGACGCUGGUCCCCAAGAGCAUGGGUCCAACCACCAGGGCCACUCUCACAGAUCUGGUACCUGGCACUGAGUAUGGAGUUGGAAUAUCUGCCAUCAUGAACUCACAGCAAAGUGUGCCGGCCACCAUGAAUGCCAGGACUGAACUCGACAAUCCCAGAGACCUCAUGGUGACAGCCUCCUCAGAGACCUCCAUCUCCCUCAUCUGGACCAAGGCCAGUGGCCCCAUCGACCACUACCGAAUUACCUUCACUCCUUCCUCCGGAGUUGCUUCGGAAGUCACCGUGUCCAAGGACAGCACCUCGUACACACUGACCGACCUGGAGCCUGGGGCAGAGUAUAUCAUUUCCAUCACCGCUGAGAGGGGUCGGCAGCAGAGCCUGGAGUCCACUGUGGAUGCCUUCACAGGUUUCCGCCCUAUCUCCCAUCUGCACUUCUCCCAUGUGACUUCCUCCAGCGUCAACAUCACCUGGAGCGACCCCUCUCCCCCAGCAGACAGACUCAUCCUGAACUACAGCCCCCGCGACGAAGAGGACGAGAUGAUGGAGGUCUCCUUGGACGCCACCAAGAGGCACGCUGUCCUGAUGGGCCUGCAGCCGGCCACCGAGUACAUCGUCAACCUCAUGGCCGUCCAUGGCACGGAGACCUCUGAGCCCAUCGUGGGCUCCAUCACCACAGGAAUCGAUCCCCCGAAGGACAUCACGAUUAGCAACGUGACCAAGGACUCAGUCACGGUCUCCUGGAGCCCUCCUGUUGCUUCUUUUGAUUACUACCGCGUGUCUUAUCGCCCCACCCAAGUGGGACGGCUGGACAGCUCGGUGGUGCCCAACACAGUGACAGAAUUCACCAUCAGCAGACUGAACCCAGCUACCGAAUACGAAAUCAGCCUCAACAGCGUGCGGGGCCGGGAGGAGAGUGAGCGCAUCUGCACCCUGGUGCACACAGCCAUGGAUAACCCUGUGAAUCUGGUGGCUACCAACAUCACUCCCACGGAAGCCCUGCUGCAGUGGAAGGCGCCCGCGGGAGAAGUAGAGAACUACGUCAUCGUUCUGACACACUUUGCAGUUGCUGGAGAGACCAUCCUGGUUGACGGGGUCAGUGAGGAAUUCCAGCUGGUUGACCUGCUCCCUAGCACCCACUAUACUGUCACCAUGUAUGCCACCAGCGGGCCUCUCACCAGUGGAGCCAUCAGCACCAACUUCUCCACCCUGCUGGACCCUCCUGCAAACCUGACCGCCAGUGAGGUCACCCGACAAAGUGCCCUCAUCUCCUGGCAGCCUCCCAGGGCAGAGAUCGAGAACUACGUCUUGACCUACAAAUCCGCCGAUGGAAGCCGCAAGGAGCUGAUUGUGGACGCAGAGGACACGUGGAUCCGACUGGAGGACCUCCUGGAGAGCACAGACUACACAGUGCUCCUGCAGGCAGCCCAGGAAACCUCCCGGAGCAGCACAACCUCCACCGCCUUCAGUACAGGGGGCCGAAUGUUCCCUCACCCUCAAGACUGUGCCCAGCACUUGAUGAAUGGAGACACCCUGAGUGGGGUGUACACCAUCUUCCUCAACGGGGAGCUGAACCAGAAGCUGCAGGUGUUCUGCGACAUGACCACGGACGGCGGCGGCUGGAUCGUAUUCCAGAGGAGGCAGAACGGCCAAACAGACUUUUUCCGGAAAUGGGCUGAUUACCGCGUUGGCUUCGGGAACCUGGAGGACGAAUUCUGGCUCGGGCUGGACAACUUACACAGGAUCACAAGCCAGGGCCGCUACGAGCUGCGCGUGGACAUGCGGGACGGGCAGGAGGCGGCCUUCGCCUACUACGACAAGUUCUCCGUGGAGGACAGCCGAAGUCUGUACAAACUCCGCAUAGGCGCCUACAACGGCACUGCAGGGGACUCCCUCAGCUAUCACCAGGGACGCCCUUUCUCCACAGAGGAUCGGGACAACGAUGUCGCAGUGACCAACUGCGCCAUGUCGUACAAGGGCGCCUGGUGGUAUAAGAACUGCCACCGGACCAACCUCAACGGGAAAUACGGGGAGUCCAGGCACAGUCAGGGGAUCAACUGGUACCACUGGAAAGGCCACGAGUUCUCCAUCCCCUUUGUGGAAAUGAAGAUGCGUCCCUACAACCACCAUCUCGCGGCAGGGAGGAAACGGCGGGCCUUGCAGUUCUGAGCAGUGGGCGGCCAGGCCCAGCAGAUCCCUGCUGUCAUUUGUCUGUAUUCUGUAACAUGAACCCGGGGGGAGGGUGGUAGGAACGUGCUUCCCAACAUAGUCAGUCUCUGAAGGAAGCAGGGGUGUCGCAGGGGUCCUCGACAGCCGCCUGCUCUCGGUUUCUGCUGCCCAGGAGCCUGGUCCUAGGUCUCCAUCCUCCCUCCUGCCCAGUCACCCGUCAGCUUCCCCUCCUGGCCCACCAAGGAGGAAAAGGAGGACGUGUUGUUCAAUGAUUGUUCAAAGGCAAACGGCAGAGUGCAGGUUGUCAGAGUGACCAGCAGGCACUUCUUUUCCGCCCUCCUCCUGAGAUGCCCUUCACCUUCCAGGUACUUGAGAUCUGAUCCUGGCCUUGGAUGGCCAGGUUCUCACACCAACCCAGCCGAGAGCCGCAGCAAGAGAGCUUGGCCAGCAACUCCCCUUAAGAGCAAACAGAUCGACCACUCCCAGUCCCAACAGCCUGAGGCCUUUGUAGUGGGCCAAAGAAUCUUCUGGCUUGUUACCUUUCAUGAGUAAUGGCCUGUUUCCCAAGCCCAGUGGACCCUUUGCCUAAUGCCUUCCUACCUUAGAUCCCAUUGUCCCACCAGCCUGACUACUGUUCCCAAGAUGUCUCAUGCUCCUGGCUCCAGGUACACAGACAUAACACCCUCCCUCCGAGGAGUAGACAGUAGCUUUGUUGGGGGAAGAUGGGUUUUGUUUUUAGCACUUUUAAGUCAGGCACUGAGGACAGAAGAUCCAGAAAUCAGGGCAUCUGCCAUACAGACUGCAGGUCCCGUGGGAAGCACAGAUCUGUUUUCUCUAUUUCUGGCCCAAUUUGUCAUGGAUUUUUUUUUUCUGAAUUGCAAACUGAAGGCCUUAUUCCUAUUUCCAGCCAGGCUCCACUUAGUGUAGGUGGUUUAAUCAGAGUCAAAAGAAGAAGUUAAGGGACCAGCCAGCCUUUCCCCUCACUGCUAGUCCUGGGAGCAACUGGAGUUUCUGCUUUGUUUUUAUUUUUCUGUCUUGGCCCUGUGGGGACCGGGAAUGACCCCUUUAAUGAGGUGAGAUUACGAGCAGGCUUUCUCCAUCUUCCUUUAUUAUUCUGCCUCUGAGAGGAAAAAUGAAAAGUGCCAGAGGAAAUCACAUCAGAAAUCCAGGGGUGAGGAGGGGAGGCCUGGCCCUGCCUCCUGCUUGAUGAGAUGUGCUGUCUUCACCACCGUGACUUGAUUUUUAAGUCCAAGAGAGCUGAAACUUCUAGAGGCCGUGGACUUUCAACUUCUCCAGGCAAAUGUUGGCUGCACCCAUCCUACAGCAGCGCCCAAAUCCAUGCCCAGUUUCCGCAGCUGCCUUCUCCCUCUCCUCCUUGGUCCCGCAAGGCCCCGUUCAGCUUUCAGAGCUGUCCACGAUUGUCAAGCUGGGCUAUGUUGUACCUUUGCCACGAAGUGGCUGGGUGAGCCUCAGAGUUGGCCAUUUCCUAGUGGGGACAUUCUGCCCAUGCUGUGACGACCAGGAGGACACAGUCCCUCUGGCAGGGGUAACACUUCUGAUGACAUGAGGAGGAAGACAUUCUCCCUGCUGCAGAUUCCAAGGCCUUGUCCACUGCUGUGGGAUGCCCAUUACUGACACAUCUGGGGCUGAAAAUAUGGGUGACAUUUUCAUUUCUCGAUUCACCGUGGCUUCAAAAAGCUAGGAUGAUUAGGAAGAAACAGAGUAACCAAGUAAGAUUUGGCUAGAGAGUGGGGUAGCAAGGACCAGCAGGAAGCACACUGAAUGAGGCAUCUGGGGCUGAGGUGGGGACCACCUGUGCCACGGUAGCCCCCUGCCAUCAGGCAGGCUGCUUCACCUGUCUAGGCCUCAGUGCCCUCACCUGUUGACUGGGAGGCUGGACUAAGAUUAUUUCUAACUCCCCUUUUAGUUUUUAUAGCAAAUAAUGCUAGCGUAGUCUAUGGUAGGAAACCUGAGUAGAAAUGGGCAUUGGUGGGAAAGCACAAAUAUUUUUACCAGGAGCUCUGUUUUAUGAAGGAAAAAGGAAAAAGGAAAAAAGGAAAAAAGGAAAGAAGGAAGGAAGGAAGGAAGGAAGGAAGGAAGGAAGGAAGGAAGGAAGGAAGAAGGUAAACACACACACAGACAUUGCAGAAAAGAUAAUGCCAAGGAAAAGGCUAAACUCAUUUUGUCAAUCAAAGCAGAGCUCAGGGACCUGGGUGUGCCAGUACAACCCACCUCAUCGAGGGAACUGAGAUGGAAAAAGAUUAUGUGUCAUCAAGUCAGGUGAAAGAAAGAUCAGUGAGAACCAAACCUGUCUUCUAUUGGAACCAUUUUACUCUAUGGAACAUUUUUAUAAAUAGUGUCAGUAGCAUUGCUUAGAUUCAUUUUAAAGAAUUUUAAAGGAAGAAAGGGACUUCAAAAAUGAGCUUAUCCAACCCUCUAUAAAAAGAUUUAUAGAUUCCUUUUACUAAGUAGAGGGAUUUAUUCAUGAAUUCUCACCAUUUUGCAGAGAUUCUAUGUCCCACUGUCUUCCCAAGAACCAUGGUCAACUUGGCUCAAAGCUCUUAACGUUAUUUAUUUAGCUUCUCCUUAACUAAGAGGCUUCUUCACCGAGUCCCACGUACCCUGUUCCUCCAAGCUCUUGGACUUUUCCCAAAGGAGGUCCCGGGGAGAAAGACACACAGAGUGCCCACCCUAAGCACGCGGCCAUUUCCCUAAGAGACUCAAGAGGGAUGGGGUGGGCCAGUCCAGAGGGCAACUGCACAGCAGAUACAUCAGUGUGUGUAGUGAAUCACAACCACCAUCAACACACCAAACAACCAAGGAUGCCUGCAGCAGUCUUAUCGCCUACAGCCAGGUCUCUCCUCUUGCGUUUACCCACCAUGCCAAGGUAGUUUCCAACAUUUUAGGCUCUACAGUUGUUUCUGGAAGGUGCAGUGGUCAGGUAUAAAGAGGGAGGGGGAAACCUCUGGGCUUUAGAAAGAUUUAACAGGCUAGGGGGUGUGCUGAGUGUGACCACUAGGUGGCGCUCACUGCACCCAGCUGCCUUCUGGGUGAAACACCCUGGAGGUUGAGAGCCACAGGUUCUCUGAGCUUCCAGAAGGACUUGUACCAAACCAGGAACCAGGAAAACGGAUCAACGAAUUUGUACAGAGAUUGAUUUGUGAAAGAACAACAACAAAAUGGCAGCAAGGAAAUGCAGAGCAAACUUCCAUGAAUGUUUAAAUCCACCCCACCCCUCACCUACCCACUCCCCCAACUCAUUAAGUGCUAAGACACCCACCUAACAUCCUUUGUCCCUCCACCUGGGAGCCAUCCAGCCCCUUGCAGACUGGAAACUCAAGACCAACCUGAAAAACCAAGUUUGCCAGUACACUCAAUGCCAAAUCAAACAAUCCUAAUGGCAUUUUUCCUUGUAAACUCCCACACCAGAACAGAGCUAUAGAUUCAGGGACAAAGGGUCCUUAUGGACUGUUUCCAAAGAGCUCUUGUAGAAUCGACUGUGGAGAAAGGGCCUUGGGCUCCUCUGUGUCCUCUCUCUGAGGACAGCAAUGCCCCAGCUGAGGGCUAGGUGAAGAUUCACAAACACUCCUGGGACAGGAACAUUUUUCUCAUUUUUUUUAACCUCCACCCAGAAUUUCAGGAAAGGUGGAGCAAUUUACCCAGGAUGUGUGCUUUUCUACUGCUGUUUUCUUAUCACCAGACUCCUGUUCAAUCGGAUUCCCAGUUCCAUCUCUUUCCCUUCAAAGCAGGAGGAAGUGGGAGGGGCACGUUCCACCUCUGCUUGUAUUUCACUGUCCACUCUUAAAACUUUGAUAAGGAACCUCUGAAAGAUUCAAGCUUCAGCUCCAUUCCAGUAAUCCCACUGGGAGUGGGUGAAUCUGUUUGUAUUUGCCUUAAACCGGCCAAGGCUGCAAGAAAGACCCUGGGGACGCCAGACACCUAGUGCGGAUCUGUGACAUUUUAGGGUCUGCCUCUCUCACCCAGACACCUGGAGCUGCAUACCCAGCCUGGGGGGUGGUUAUCUGGGGAAUAAUGACAGAGGGAUCCGCUCCGCUGAGGAUAGGUGAGUCACAGGGCUGGCUUCUGGGUUGUGCUUGCAGCCUCUUUGACCAUGUUUCUGAAGAUCUUUGCCUAAAUGAGUUCUCGAAUCUUUGCUUUGUCCAUAACCCAACUAUACACACACACACACACACACACACACACAAAGCUUCCCUUGACAACACUGGAACAUUUUGACACCAUCAGAUCAAGUGACAACUCGCAGACCAAAUGAAAACUUCCAAAAAUAGGUAGGGAAAGCAACUCUAAAAUGCUUCAAGAAGAUGUGUUGGUGUGGAUUCGGGUCCAAUUUGUGGGGUAAUUGACUCUGGUUCUUUCUAAGUGUAUCCCACAUUGGAUUUGCUUAGGCCAGAACAAACAGCUGAGAAAAAGUUGAAAAUAAAAGAAGAACCUGAUGGGUCACUGGAGAUUAAACACAAGUCUUCUACAGAUAAUCCCGCACUAAACACGCAGAGACCAUGUGUGCAGGCUCCUCAAGUCCUGGCCUCCUUCCUCCCAGCGGAACACCUGUCCAUUGGCCCAUUUCAUCUGCAGAAAAGCUAAGUCCCCAGAGUCCUUACAAUAACAACUAAAAAAAAACACAAACCCACAGGAAGCAGAGGGCCUUUCUUUGCUGGCUCCGCCAGUCCUCCCUGGGCCUUGCUUUCUCUUCCCCAGCAGUCACAAGCCUGAUUUGUCAUCUGCGGCAUUUCUGAUUAAUUUUUCAAGGUCACCCCUGUCUGAAUCAUGACUUCAUUGCACCUGCAGCUCUUCAUUGUCCAAAUGUCCUUGGCAAACCUCAUAACCUCUGGACAGUGUUGCAUUUUCUCCGCUCAGGAAAUCCUCCCUCCUUCCCCAAGCUUAAUAAGGCAACUGCAGGACAUCCAAAUAACACGGCCCUUGUUCCCCAAACUCGGCCUCUUCUGUUAACUUAAUAAAACAGCUCCCUGUUGUCCAGGCUAUGAGGCUGGGCUAAUACUCAGUUUCCAGUUCAGAAACACUUAACACUUUCAGCCUCCUGGGGGACCUCUCGCAGGCACUGGCCUUGGCUCCUUAGUCCCACGGGCACCAGAGCAGCAGCGUAAGCAUCUUUCUCUGGGAAGCAAGCCACACCGCCAGGGGUCCUGGAAGCCCUGGCCCACAAGAGAGGGUUUGGGUCCAGAUACACAGCCAGGAAGUGAGUACAUGGAUAAGAUCUCUUGUUUUCUUCCCAUCACUGGGUUAGCAGUCCCCAGAGAAGGCAGGUGCUGCUAUAAAACAUCCAGUUGUUGACCAGUAAUAUGCACAACACUGCCUGUAACAGCCACGUGGUAAACCAGAAGAUGCAAUCCUCCCACUUCACACUCAAGAAGACUGGGGCCACGAUGGGUUAGACAAAUUCCCCGGGGGUUCACACAGCCAGUUAGUAAGAGAGCUGAGGUCAGGUCUGCUGUAGACUUUUCAAUGUGUUUCUCCUCUGAUGAAGAUUAAGAGAAAUGGUAUUUAUUGCACACCUACUACUUAUGGACACUGUGCUAAGGGUUUUUUCAUAGAUGGCUUUAUCAGGUCCUCACCACAACCUAGAGUCAGGUUUAAUCAUUGUCAAGAGGGAAUGGAGCCCAGGAAGGUUAAGUAACGUGCCUGACAACGCACAGCUACCAGGUACUAUUAUAACCUGAACUUCUUAAUCCAACUCUAAAGCUCCGUUUUAGCUACCAUCUUGGAUUUUUUUAGUGUUCUCCCUAAGGGGGCCUCUGCUGUCACUUCCUCUCACUCUUUUGCAUGGUCUUUGCCAUCUACUCCAAGGGACCCUCAAUCUGUCCAUCAGGGGACUAAAAAACACUGGGAAACUCUUUAAAAAAUUGGGGAGGUGAGGAAAGGGUCCACAGCAGGUUUGGAGGGGAAGCUAAGGGCCAGGACACAAACAUAAUUUCCUCCACUCCACUCUUACGAGGACAUCGCAGCUCAUCUCUCUGUCUCCCAGCAUCGAGAGUAGAUAUUCCAGAGUCAUUCUUCUCAAACGGGAACAGGUGGUGCAGCCGGGGGUAGGGAGGGAGGAGCCACAGAAUAAGUACGGUACACUCUCCAGAGCACCUCUGUUACUACUGAAUUUGGGGAGAAUGGGGUUGUCUGGUGAACGUCAUCAACCCAGUACAGUUGCAGCAAAGGCAAGCACACCAUGAAUGUGUAAGCUCAAACCAGCAGGUUGUAUAUGGACUUGGAAGGCCUCCUCCCAGACUCCCAGGGGCACACCAGCGCAAACUGUUGAGGAAUGAGGCUAAAAGAAGGCAGGACAGGAAUUUUAUUUAUUCCCUGGUUUCUUUUCCUCACGCACUACCUGCCCCCCGUCCCUGGUGGGUGAAGGGGACUCAGAGGACAGUUGGCCACACUCAAAUCUCUUUGCUUCUUGGGGGAGUGGAGAAGAUCAGUGUUUGGUAUUUUUAGCUGCCAGGCUCAAAUUCCAGAAAUGAACCCCUUUACCCACACUGAACAAUGACAAUGUAAAAAGAAAUGGAUCUUCCCAAAAGAGAAUCACUGCUUUGCAUGGUCCUCUACAGCGUAAGGACAGCUUGAGCAGCAGUGACACCUAUGCGGUAGGUGCACUACACACAAUGGUUCUUGCAAAAAUAUCAACCCACCAAGUAGUCCUGUACCAAACCACUGGCACCCUGAGGCUAGGGUCACCCCAUGGCCUCACAGACUCAAGGUGCAGAAUUUUCUUGAGUCUGUUCUUGACACAUCGUUCUUCUUUCCCGUUAUCCAAACAUAACACACCAUAUACCCAAUUUCUCCAACCUCAGCUACUGUCGAGGUUCCUGGGAAUUCUCAGGUACCCUAACAAAGGCACCACGACUUGGAGGGAGCCGCUACCUGGGGCUCCGGGCAGCUGAAACCCAUCCUGGUGGUCUCUAGAUCAUCCCCCAAAACAUCACACCCCCAAGUCCCCCAUUGCCUCUGAAUUUGAGUUUGUCAUUUUAACCUUUAACAGCUUGUCCAGGUAAAAAUAACAGAGACCAAUCUACUGACUUUGCAGCUACAGUGUGCUUGAGAAAGUAUGACUUGUGCUGAAGACUGGAGGGAAGAAAAGAGAAGGAGACGGAGUCUGCACUCCUCAGGCGAUGCGCACGUUGAUGAACUAAAACAAAAAUACAAAUGCAGAGGAGGAAAAGCCAGCUCACCCAUCCUCUCAAUCUCUGCUUGUUAACCAUUGUUAACUAGUAUUUUUAGUCCUGGUUGCUUUUAGCCUCUGUAUAGUUCCUUUUUUAAACACAUUUUCUAUACAUUAAUAAAAGAUCCUGAAGGACUGA